GCGGCGCACGGGCGGCCCCGCCCCUCUCGUCACAUGACCGGUGGCGAGGCCUCGCUGUCGCCCGCUCGCCACCGUCGCUCGCCCCUCGCUGCUGCCAGGCGUCCCGGACAUGGAGCCGCGCUGCCGCUCCCCCGCCUGCCUGUUCCUCCUGCUGCUCGGCGCCUGCGGUUUUUUCCAGUCCUGUGCAGUAGAAGUAGAAGUAAAGGAUGCCUCUAAUACUACGUGCCUGUAUGCAAAAUGGAUGAUGAAAUUCUUGAUACGAUAUGAAACAAACAGUAGUGAUUAUAAAAACAUAACCUUGGACUUGCCAUCCAAUGUGACACACGAUGGAAGCGUCUGUGGCAAUGACACACAAGCUGCACUUGUGGCAUUGCAGUUUGGAGAAGGUCACUCUUGGAGCAAUAACUUUACAAAAACCAAUGAAACUUACCAGGGGGAUUUUGUCACAUUUACCUACAACACUAACGAUACUGCUGUAUUUCCUGAUGCGAAAAGAAAAGGACCAAUUACCGUUGUUGUAAAGGAUAGUAUGCUUCCAGUUCACCUGAAUAACGUCUACGUGUGUCACAAUGCCGACUCUUUUGAAACAGAAAACGUAAUACAGAUUUUCUGGAAUGUUACGUUGCAGGCUUUUGUUCAGAAUGGCACAAUCAGUAAAAAAGAGUCCAGAUGUCGUGCCGACACACCUACUUCUGCACCUACCGUUCUGCCUACUAUUGCCAAUGUAACUACUGCAUCUACCAGCACUUUGUCACCCACUCCAACCUCUGCGCCCAAACCUGUGGAGAAUCCAGACACAGGAAACUAUUCUCUGAAAAGUGGAAAUAAAACUUGUCUUCUGGCUACUGUGGGGCUGCAGCUGAAUGUUUCCAAAGACAAGCCUGUUCUGAUCAACAUCAAUCCAAAGACGACUACUGCAGAUGGUACAUGUGGCAACACAACGGCUACUCUGAGGCUGAAUGAUGGAAACAGCACUUCAAUUGCUUUCACGUUUGUUGUUAAAAAUACAAGUGCAAAUGUACCAAAAUUUUAUCUGAAAGAGGUGAAUGUUACACUGUUCAACCAUCUGAAUGGUUCUGUCAUUUCAAAUGCAGAUAACAACAAUUUCAGCAAGUGGGAUACUUUCCUUGGUAGUUCUUAUAUGUGCCGAAAAGAGCAAACUCUUGAGAUUAAUGAAAAUCUUCAAAUACAUACUUUCAAUCUAUGGAUUCAGCCAUUCCUUGUGAAGGAAAAUAAAUUCUCUACAGCCCAGGAGUGUUCGCUGGAUGAUGACAGCAUUCUGGUCCCAAUUGUAGUUGGUGCUUCACUUGCUUGCUUGAUUGCCAUUAUAGUGGUUGCUUACAUAAUUGGCAGAAGAAAAAGCUAUGCUGGAUAUCAAACUUUGUGAAUCUAAAUGUGAUUCCUGUUCUGAUUUCACUCUAAACAAAGCAAGUGCAAGUUCUGAAGUCUAAAAAAGACCCCAACCUUAAGAAUAAUUACUAGCCGCAGCUGACUGGAGUUGAGAAACAAAGAACGUUUGUGUCAGAUGAAGCAGAACUACGUUUUUAGUUUUCCUGCUCUAAGAAGAUGACGUGGGUUUUGUAGCUGUUUCGAAGAUGUCAAAUAUUGGAAUUGCUAGGCUAAGGAUUUUAUCUUGCAAAAACCUUGAAGUGUUUAGGAUUUAUUUCUGCUUUUUACAAAUUGUAGCCUGAAACAAGAUUGCGUCUUAAACUGAUGUGCAUUGCGCAACUCCCGGAAUAGCAUAGAAUUUGUACUUGCUUCUCUCCUCUGCGUUUCUUAGUUGUUGUCAUAAUUGAUGGUUAAGCUGGAAGCAUUGGUCACUAUGUUGACUUGUAUAGUAUUUAACAAGGAUUGUACAACGCCCAGUAACAACUUUGUUUUUCAUAUAAUUGAACUUCAGGCUGAACUUAAGUCAUUCUUGAAGCGGCAGCAGUAACGUACUUAGCUGUGACAGAAUUUGAGUGGUUUACUCCUGCCUUGGUGUGGUUUCAGGAAUCAUUCCUAUAACCUGGCUGUACAAACAAAAUGGGUGACAUACAUACUUGCCAAAUGGUGGAUAUAUAGGAAGACUUCAGUGCUGUUUCCAAAUGCUUUCAAAAGAGAAGUUACUGUUAGGCGCUGAAUUCUUCAUCACUUACUAUAUCCUGGCAAUCAUCUAAAAUAGUCAACUGAGGCGGAGUUCUGCUAAACUAAUGCAAGUUUGAUUUUUUUGUUGGCAUCAGUUUAAAGGGAAUAAUCUUUGUAAAAAUUCCAGAACUUCAAAGUGCACUUAACUUUAUAUUAUGCUCUGCACAGAACUGGUCUGUCUUGUUCCUUUGAAUGACCACUGUUUAAAGAUGAUCUCAUUUAAUAAGCCAGGAUCUGUUGUUGCAGCUUCAGCUGUCUUUAAAUCUUCAUCUCGAAUGGUUCUCUGCCAGUCAAAAUUCACAUUAUAACUGCUUGCCAUUGGCAUUCUGAAUGUUUAAUGUGCUUUGUGUUUGAUCGUUUGCUCUGUAGCACUUAUUAAUGUUAAGAAUGCAAAAGCCAAGUAAGUCUGAGGUGGACCCACUACAUCUUGUUUUGCUUGCUGUAUGGAAAGGAUAACUAGCUUAAAAAACGCAGCGCAACUGGACCGUUCUUGAACCGCAGCUCAGUAGAGACCAACCAUUGCCGCACAGCUUUCCUCUGGUCCCCCGUUGUCAUACGUAGUUUUUACUGCAUGGGAAAAAAGAAGUCUCUUAGACUUCUGGGUAAGUGUGACUUUUUCGCGUAUGUCAUAACAUGAGCUGCCUAAACUACUUAUUUAAUGAGCAUAACAUUGUCUCCUCCUUUAGAAUGAGUUCAGCCUGCAUCAAAGCUGGUUUAGUGCUUUACUAGUGUUCUCUAGGGUUGUAGAGGUGUCUGUGGCAUGUUUGUAUACAAAUCAUACCAUACACUUCUUUCAGUAAUUUUUUUUCUGACAACAGUUUACUUCUGACACGAGCCAAGGAAGCAAGUAUAAGUGGAUAAUGCUUACUCUAGCUUGUAGUCUACAGCUUUCAUUUUGCGUCAGUUACUGAAAUUCACUUUAAUGAAAGUGGAGAACUACUAUAAGUUUAAUCUUGAAACAGGCUUCCAGACUACCCAUUUUAAUUAAAAAAGUUGAUCUAAUGACUUCCUUAUUAAUGUACCCUCAAAUGCAGGAGUUCAUAUAGAUUUUUAGCGUUUUCGUGCCUGAUACUCAGCAGCACCAGUUACAUAUGCAUUUCUGUUAAGGAGUAGUUACCACACUGCAUUCAUUUGACCAUGCGCAUUUUUGAGCUGUGCACAGUUUCCAAGUGACAGUAUAGAAGAUUAGUGCAAACUGCUCCCAAAAGUCAACAAUACCAGAAGUAUCUUUGCAAGAACCUGCAACUUCAUCUUCAUUUGCAAGUGUAUUGGCUCAGAGUUUAAAAUACUCCUAGACGGAUGUGCAGAUAACUGGUUCAAAAAAAUAUCUGAGUUUCACCUGACUGCGUGUUAUAAAACCACUAGUUUUCCUGUAUAUAUUGCUCUGUAGGGAACUGUCAACCUGUUUAAUGUGUGCUCUAAAUAAUAAAGAUUGUUCUAUUUCUUAAGGAAA